ACCGGGCGAUUUUCAAAAUGCAAAUCGCCCGACCGGGCGAUUUCUUCGCGCGAUUUAAAGACGCAAACCAGGUCAGUUUUUACACUUUCAAAACCCUACCCCCAUUUCUCUCUCGUUCCUCUCUACUCUCUCUCGCCCCUCCACCUUCAAAUCUUCCACUUACACUGAUUUCACACACAUACCAUCCUCCCAAUCCAUCUAAUUCAAGGGUUGAACCGAUUAAUCGGUUGAUUUACUCAAGAACAAGCAAAAAGGAGAGAAAUCCGUUUUCUAUCACUCUAAGCCCGAAAGGUAGUGAACGAUGGCGCCCAACCACUCUGGAGUUAAUUUGAAUGUCGAAGAGAAGAAGAAAUGGGCCGAACUCUCACAACUACCCUACCGGGUAGCUAGAUAUCCAUGCCCUAUCACAAUCCGACGGUUGGGCAUUGAGCAGUGCUUCAAUGAGCUAUGUGAAGAGGGGCAACUAAAUGGGCUCUUCAUGGCACAGAGGAACCCCUCCUAUCAGAGGCUUACACUGGAGUUCUUGUCUACCCUUGAGGUAAUCAUGAACAGGAGGGAGAUAGUUGCCAUCAAGUUUCGUAUGAGGAAUGCUGAGUACACAGUGACGAUGGCACAAUUCAAGGAGAUCUUUGGAUUUUCAGGGGAGGUGUAUAGAGAGCCGUUUAACUUCAGUCACAAUGCGAAUGACUUCUGGAAGGCCAUCACUACCGUUGAUGACAACUUCGCCACCAACAGGGCAAAGGGUUCUCUCAUUAGGAACCCAGCCUUGCGCUUACUCCAGAAGGCGUGUGUAUGUUACCCCUUCGCUCGUCAUGAGCAUGGGAGUGUGCAGAGAGACGAGCUCUUCCUGUUAUGGACUAUUUUGCACAAGGAGGCUCCCUUGAAUUUGGGCCACUUCAUGAUCAAACAUCUUGAGAGGGCUUCGAAGAAGAAAACCGGCACACUCUGUGUCGGUGCGGUUGUGUCAGCUAUUGCACUCCAUCUGGGAGUGUCGACGAGGGGCUUGGUCGCCGACAUUGGUGACAACUUGAUGGACUUCGGCUUUCUGAGAAGAACAAGGCUGGUCGGAGUGGACCAACGAGGGCAGAUAUAUUUGAUACAGAGGGCAGCAGAUCAUUACCCCCUCCCGGACACCGUCAACACCUAUGUGAACGGUCCUUUCCACAAGGAAAACUGGAAGAUGAAGGCUGCGGUCCACGAACAAGUCACGGCGGGAAUCCGCGGAACUUGCAAUUUAGGGAUGUGA